AUGUCCCUUACUGAUAGCAACAGUCCUCUAAAGCGCGAGGACGCGGUGAGCCUGGAAGACCUCGAUCACCUGUGUUCUCGCGUGCAGAGUGACCCGUGGAACCUGUCUACGUAUACCAAAGGCAUCUAUAUUGCGGCUCGCCUGAAGCACGAUAAGUAUCUGGAGUAUUUAAGGACUCAGUGUGUGAAGCACUGUGUGGUUGAGGACCGAUUUUGGCUGUCCUGGAUCGAGGACAAACGCCGUGACAGCAGCGACGAUGAGUUGAUAUCUAUGUACGAAUGUGCAGUCGACAAUGAGCCGUCUGCUGAGCUGUGGGUCGCGUACGUGCGUUUCGAACGCAAACGUGCUGCUAGCAGUGGCAAUUACGCUCGUACACGCACUUUGUUCGAGCGCGGUUUGAAGGCGGUAGGCCUGCACGCAUUGGAUGGGCCCCUUUUAUGGAGCGAAUACCGCCAAUUCGAGCAGGAACUGCUAGAGAAUUGCAACUCUUCCGACUAUGGAACCCAGCUGGAGCGUGUGCGUUCGCUUUUCUUCCGCCAGCUGGCACUGCCUCUUGCGGGUCUGGCCGACGUGCUGGACGAGUACCGCGUAUGGGAGUCUGAACUCCCCAAAGAACAUCGCAAACCUGUAACUGAAGGCGAAGCCAUUCACAAGCAGGGCUUCGACGCAUGGGAGCGUCGGAAGUUCUUCGAGCUUAAGGUGCAGUCGGAGUUCGACGAGAUGCUGAACCCCGGCAACAUGAAUAGCUUGUGGAACGACUACUUGAAUUUCGAGCUGAAAUGCGGCGACAACGACCGCAUAAGCAUAGUGUACCUACGAGCACUGGACGACCUCGGUUAUGAGCGUGACGACCUGUGGAUGCGUUUUUCGGCGCACGCCCUGGGCCUGAGCGAGAAGUUCGCCCUUUGGGUGUGCCAGCGUUCGUGCCGCCACAUGCCGCGUUCGGUUAACAUUUGGAUAAACUACAUGCAAAUCGUUUCGAGCAUCCCAUCUUCAAGUGCUGAGGAGUUAGUUGAGGUGUUCGACACUGCGGUUACUGCAAUCACCGACACCAGUGCGCUGAUCAGUCUGCACAUAACUGCGGCCGACUGCCUUCGUCGCCACUAUCCUGAAUCCGUCGAUGCAUUUCGUAGGAUCCUUUUGCGCCAGGAAGAUUUGCUUUCCAAGAUGGGUGACCUGACCUCCGACACCAAGGGCACGUACCGCCUGCUGACAUACUGGGGCCGUCAAGAGCUGCGCCUUCUGAUGACCCAGAAGGGUUCGCCGGAUAACUACCUCGAAGUUAUAAAGAAGUUGUUGCAGCGUUUCGUGAAUGACGGGCGUUGCUGGCUAUUUGUCAUAGAGGGCGUUAAGAGCCUGGAUGCUUGCGGCAAGUGCGAUGCCGACUUCAUGUCUUCACUGGUGGCUGCCGUCUGCGGCGUUAUCGCGCUUCAAGUGCCUCCCGAGUCGGAGGUUUCAAGCGCUCACGAAGUGAUAAUGUGGCUGUUCGACACGUCGAUUCGGUUCGUGACCGUCAGCGGGAUAUCGGAGUCGUACAUUGAUUACGCCCAGACAAGCGGCAACGUGGAGGACAUUAAGCGGGCACACAUGACCGUUGGUAACCAGGUACACAUCGCUGAGACACGUUGUACGGGCACGACUUUGAGCCUGCACAAUAUCAUAUUGCGUCGCGACCAUCGCCGUCGCCGACAAUCGGAGUCCUUUUCGGAAACGUCUUCUGACAGCGGCUGCUGUUCGCACCGCUUCAUCAAGAGCAGCUGUCGCGUGCGUCCAGAGGGUCACAGCGGACCCAUUCUGUCUCCAAAACUGUCAGUGCGUGAGGUUGAGUUUGCGACCCGCGCCACGUGGGACGGCACCGAGAGUGCCGACCCGUCCAUCGCACCUGCGGUACCUCCAAGUAUAACGAUGCCGCCUCCGCCCCCAUCAUCAUUCAUAUCGAAGUUUGGCACGCAAUUCGCCAUGUUGCCCGGCAGCGUGACCCCGCCUGACAGUUCCCCCGACCUUAAGUACGUCUCCCGUUGCGUCAGCUCCACGUCUUCAACGGGAAGCCUAUCGAUGCUUCCGCAGCCAAUGGUUUCGCCAUCCAGUGAUGGUUACCUGUCCAGCGUAAACAAGCGCCCUGCUGACGAGCUCGACGACAUCGGGAGUGUGGAUUCCGAGCGCUUCCGCAGGAUCCAGCUCCUACUUUCCAAUGAUAACGAGGCCUUGAAAACUUGGCUAUGUGACAGCGGUGAAAAUAACACGCUGUGGAUUUCCAGGGUGGAUGGCGAUCUGGACGAAUCGUUUAUCCGCUCCAUCUUUACACCCUCUAGGGGCUUCAAGUCUAUUCGUCUGCUUCCUUCCCGCGGUUCAUGCUACGUCGAAUUCGACAGCUACGAGAACGCUGUACAAGCGAAGGCAAUUGCGUCAGCGAGGGGUUUGGAUCGAGAGCCGUUCGAGUGCGAGGUGUCGAAGUCCUGCAACACGCUUUACGAGGACAAGGUUUUGUUCGUGAAGCGCAUAUCAGACAUCGUGGCUUUGAACAAGCCGAGGAUAACGCGCGUGUUGCGCCAGUUUUUUUGCGAGCUUGGCCACGAACCUGCGAACAUCCGAUUCCCCUCGAUCGGUUUCGACGGUGAGGACAGCCACAUGCGUGUGCCGAACUACUGCUACGUGGACUUCAAGGAAGAGGACAGUGCCCGCAGCAUCAUAAAUCGGAUACUGUCGCGCACGGGGACUUUGUCCUGUUCUUUGGGCGACGUAGCGUUCUACGUCUCGCCAUCUACCGCGAUGUUCCGGAAGCGGCACCGCGUGCGCGACUCGGGAAAGGAGAGCGACAGCGAUUGCAUGUGCAGCAGCGAGUGA